CAAUUGUUCUUAUGAUAGUUCAUGUAGUUUGGAACGGAAUUAUAACUAUCGAAUGGGAUGAUAAACGUGAAAACAAAGAGGAAGUUUCGCAUAUAGAUGAAGUGACAAAUGACUAUACACUAUGA